CUAGUCUGACCAAAAACUGAAGCAAGGGAAAAAACCAAAAGACUCGCCUUCACAAAAGCAUAAUCUAAAAAAGAUUACAAGAAAGUUGGUUUUGGAUUGGGUUCUUUAAAACCAGGGCUGCUGUGGAGGAAGGAUAGGGAUGGAGGUGGUGCAUUAUCAGCUUGCUAGGUGUUCUUACCAAGAUUCUAUUAAGGUUCUGGAGGCUGAUGUACAGCAUGCCAAUGCUUUGGCUGCUGCAAUUCCAAGAGGGAAGGGUGGUGCUCGACUUCAAAUGAAAUUAGCAUACAAUCCCUUGGCGCCAGUCUUUUUGUUUUUGCUCCAGUGGAUGGAUUGUUCAUGCAUGUGCCUACUCCCCAAGUAUCUCGAUCUCUUCCACAUACUCAUUUACAAGGUAUACACAGAUGGGAGGCCGAAUAUAUCUGCACAUGGAAGGAAGGCAACUAUUAGGGACUUCUAUGCUGUCAUAUUACCUUCUCUUCAACGUAUCCAUGGUAACAUAAUGGAGCUGGAUAAUGAUGAAGAUGGCCAUCCUGAAAUAGAGACGUACGGCAAGAAAAGAACAGAAGAAGAUGGCAGGCUUUCCAAUAUGGAUUUGAAAAGGGAAGAUGAAUGUGGAAUUUGUUUGGAGCCUUGCACCAAAAUGGUCUUGCCUAAUUGCUGUCAUGCAAUGUGCAUCAACUGCUACCGUGACUGGAACACAAGAUCAGAGUCCUGCCCCUUUUGUCGUGGCAGCAUAAAGAGAGUUAAUUCAGAAGACUUAUGGGUUCUCACUUGUGGUGACGAUGUGGUCAACACAGAAACAGUUUGCAGGGAAGAUUUAUUGCGCUUCUACCUCUAUAUCCACCAGCUCCCAAAACACUACCCGGAUGCUCUUUUCUUAGUGUAUUAUGAAUACUUAAUAUGAUUAGAAGUAAAUGAGAAGAGUGGUGUAAAGAGAAAAAAGAAAAGCCGACCUAAAUGUAAAUAGAGUCUGGUAAAGGAAAUCUUCUCAGAUUGUUAUUCAACCAUUACCAUUCCCAUUUGUACCUACACAGAAGUUCAUAAACUUUAAUAUAUGACAACAUUGUAAUAAAAUUAAAAAUUUUCGUUUCGUUCCUGUUUA